AGUCACUUAGUGGCAUGAACUCGCGUACAAUAGUUGACAAUUGGACGGACAAUUCUCAGUGCUACAAAUAUCGGUAUAAUUGGUAAUGGCAAUGAAGGACGAAAGUCAGCUGACACUCCAAGCACCACCUCCCACCAAAGACCCCAUCUCACUAAAAACUCACUACGACUCACUGAACAUCUCUAACGGGGUGACAGGGAUACCGGGGAUACACAGCGAGGAGCACCGACCCAAGAGGAACCACAUCCACAACCAUGGUGUGGUGGAGAUAAGGGAGGAGGGGGAAGAAGGGGAGGUGGUGCAGGGAGGAGAGGUGGUGGAGAUGGAGCAGAGUGGCGAGGUUGGAGUUGAUGGUCUCAAGGUGGAUGGGCCUACCACUAGUGCUUGCAGGUCGGACAACAAGCUGGCUCCUGCUUCCUGCUGCAUGAAGUGUGACUCUGAACACAGUGACAUUUGGCACACCACUAAUCUAGGUAUAGUGCUGUGUUCCUCGUGUUCACAAGAGAGUUCCAAUUCCAAGAAUUACAAGAACAAGUUACAUUGUAAACGCAUGAACAAUCUGCACAACAAAAAGAUGGCACCAAAAGGAGCUAAGAAAAACAAGGAAGGCAAACUAAAGAAAUCGUCGUACAAGCUGCCUUACAAAGAAGCAACCUACAUAACUUCCAACCAAAUAUACUACAAGAGUAUCCGGUACAAGGUAGGUGACGUGUUCUCUAUACGAGGUAAGGACAGACUAUACUACGUGUGUAUCCGUAGCUUCAUGGAGGACCCACUGUGCAACCAAUACGCUGUAAUAAUCUGGCUGCUGCCCCUCUUCCCCGACCCUGUCUCCUACAAUCCCAACGACUUCCUGCUAGGUCCCGCUGAGGAUGUCCCCAGGCCCCUGGACUGUUUGUCGUUUGUGUCACACGAACCACCACAGGGUCACAUAACUCUGAACGAGUUGAGGUGUUAUGAUAACAUGCCUGAGUUGUGGGAAGGUAGGAGGGAGAAUAAGGGGAGGAGUGGGUUGGAACUACUCUUAGAAGCAAUGGAACCGGACAUUCAUCAGAUCAGAUAGGCCUGUGUGACAUCUGCUUCUUUACAGUGAACCCUGUACUUAGUUGAUCUGAUGUGAUGAGAUGUUACUGUGAAAGUAUUCUUAAGAAUUUAGCAAUCAUUCUACAUACUUGAACGUUGAAAACUGCGCCAUCAACCUCUGUUGAGUGAAGUGAUAUUGGUAACCACUAACCAAGUAACAGCCAUCACAAAUGAAGCCAUGACAAGGCUCUAGCUCUAUAAUGGAGGAGAAAUAGUGAUUAUGAAUAUGUCCAAUAGAACUCAGGUGACUGAUGUGUCAUUAAAUAACACACGAUAUAUUGUGAUUAAAGUGUUAACUUCAUUUUGAUAAUAUGUUAUUGUUCUUAUCUUAUAACUUUAAUACGAAGAUUUGUGUUUCAUAGUUUGUAUUAUAUCAUAGCAAAAUUUACUUUUAAGGUUACUUCAAAAAACAUUGAUACAUGAUACUUAUUGAAGUGUGCCUUUCACAUGGAUUAAGAUUUGGUAAUUCGAGUUUUGAAUAAAUUUAUGGUCAUAAUAUAAUUUAUAAUAUAGUGAAUUAUUGAGACUAAUUACACUGAUGUAUUACUAUUAAAUAUUCCCAUUUCACGAGA